CCAAAGGUGUCCUCAUCCUCUUUCCUAUGGCUCUCAGAUUUUAUAGCCAUAAUGGAUGUGUUCUUACUGUCGGAGCUGAAGCUUUUCUGCUGCAGGUGCUGGUGGUGGUAGUGUCUCUUCACCAACAACCUUUGAAUGUGAAGGGCGUAACAGAAAAGAGUGGAUGUGAUUACUUCCAAGGGAAUUGGGUUUACGAUAACUCUUAUCCUUUGUACGAUACCAGCAAAUGCGCAUUCAUCGAGAAGGAAUUCAACUGCCAAAAGAACGGUCGACCAGACAAGCUCUAUCUAAAAUACAAAUGGAAACCCAGUGGCUGCGAUUUGCCCAGGUUUGACGGCCAGGAUUUCUUGAGAAGAAACAAGGGGAAGAAAAUCAUGUUUGUGGGGGACUCCCUAAGCCUGAACCAGUGGCAGUCGCUGACAUGCAUGCUUUAUACAUCAGUGCCACACACCGCAUACACUGAUGUGAGAAGAGAAAGCCUCUCCAUUUUCACUUUCACGGAAUACAACGUUUCAUUGAUGCUCUUUCGAUAUGCAUUUCUAGUGGACAUAGUAGCUGAAAAGAUUGGCCGAGUUCUCAAACUUGACUCCAUUCAGGGAAGCAAAAUAUGGCAGGGUGCCGACACUCUUAUUUUCAAUUCCUGGCAUUGGUGGCUCCACACUGGAAGAAAGCAACCAUGGGACUAUAUUCAAGAAGGAAAUAAGUAUUACAAAGACAUGGAUCGCUUGGCUGCCUAUGAGAAGGGUUUGUCAACUUGGGCCAAAUGGGUAGACUCCAACGUUGAUCCUUCAAGAACCAGAGUCUUCUUCCAAGGGGUUUCUCCUGAUCACAUGAAUGGGAGCGAUUGGAAUGAGCCACAAGCAAAGAACUGCCAGGCGCAGAAACAACCAGUGUUUGGAUCAAGGUAUUCAGGGGGUCCACACCCUGCAGAGAUCAAAGUGAGAAAUGUGUUGAGUAGGAUGGUGAAACCAGUAUAUUUGCUCGACGUGACAAUGCUCUCACAACUAAGGAAAGAUGGACACCCCUCAGUUUAUGGCAGUGGUGGGCACUUGGACAUGGACUGUAGUCAUUGGUGCCUUGCGGGUGUUCCUGACACUUGGAACCAGAUCUUAUAUGCAACACUUAGCCAGCAUUAGAUUACAAAUCAGAGCAUAGAUUAAUUUUUCUGUUUCAAUGAAAUUUCUUGUUCCGAA